UCUACCGCUCACAGGAACAAGAAGGUCGCUUUUGACAACAUUGUACCGGAGCAGAGACGAAACAAGGCUCUAAUCAUGCUGGGACAAGCUGUGAGGCGAUUCACAACGUCUGCUGUUCGUUCGUCACAAUACGGUGAAGGACCAGGGAAGAACCUGCCAUUUUCCGUGGAGAACAAGUGGCGUCUCCUCGGCAUGAUGGGGUUGUUCUUCGGCAGCGGCUUUACUUUCCCCUUCUUAGUCGUCAGACAUCAGAUCCUGAAGAAGUAAAAUGGACCGUUCCUCCCACCAGCCUUCACGGUUGUCAGCUGGAACAUACGUUACCCAUCAGGGUGCUAUCCAUGUCGAUGAAUGGGAAUCUCCUAAUUUUCUUUGUAAAUAAAGUAUCCUAAAAUUUA